AUGUUGAAGGUGAUUGGAAUGAGGAACUCUCCAAGAGUGCUCUCCACUCGAUACCUUCAACCGUUAUUAUGGAGACGUUUUGUUUCAAGUGACAUCCAACAAAAAGAUCAACAAGCUGGUGAGUCCAAUACCGCAACAGAUACUGGUGUUAUUCAUAAGACGGAACAAGAAACUCUUUUGUUUUUUGACAAUGUGUAUCCACGUCAACUAUCUAUGUGGAGCCCUUUGGGUUGGAUGAAUAAUAUUUUUUUCAAUCAAUCAAGGGAAUCAGUUAGAGCCAAGAUUCAAAAUCUGGCUUCUCCAAAGGAAAAUCCUAUCCACGGACUUGUAAUGCGUUCAACUAUCCCCGUUAAGAGGGAUGGCGGUGUUUUUGCUACUUUUGUAGUACCAUAUCGUUACUCUAAAGCAGAAGUGAAUAUGAUGAUAUCGAAAAACACUGCUUUAGAAUCCUCAAAGGGUUUAUUAUCGUUCUUCACAACGGUAUCUGCUUUCCCCGUUAAAGGUAUUCCUUGGAUUGAAGAUUUAAGAAGAUUACCAAGUACCACCAUUAAAGUAAAAUUUCAAGGUCCAGUAUUAACCGAAGAAGAAAUAUAUUCGUUGUUCAGAAGAUAUGGUACUAUUGUAGAUAUUUUCCCUUGUAAAGAUGGAAAUGAUUAUGCAAUUGUUAAAUAUAGAUCAUAUCGAGGAGCUAUAUGUGCAAAGAAUUGUGUUUCAGGGAUUGAGAUUAAUAAUACUGUCCUACAUAUUCAAUAUCAGGAUGAAGUGAAAAAUACUCUAGUAAGCAAUUUUGUUGUAAAUCAUACAAGAAUCGCAGUGCCAGUAUUCAUUGCUCUAUUGUCUAUUAUUGCUGUUUUAAUUUUCGACCCUAUUAGAGAAUUCUUCAUUGAACAAAAGAUUACCCAUAGAUAUUCAUUAUCAAUGGAUAAUUACUGGUUUAAACAAUUAAAAGAUAUUACAAAUUCUACGGUCUCUCAGUUUAAGAAUUAUUGGGGUGGUCACGAUGAAAACCAUAUUAGGAGACACCUGUGGGAUGAAAGGAUGGAUAGAGUCAAUGAUCUUCAAAUGUGGUUAGAAGAAAAUAAUAACACUUUUGUGAUAGUUAGAGGUCCAAGAGGUUCAGGUAAACGUGACUUGGUUAUGGAACACACACUUCAUGAAAGGGAAAAUGUCUUAUAUUUGGAUUGUGAUAAGAUUAUAAAAUCAAGAACCGAUGCUAAAUUUUUAAAAAAUGUUGCCCAAGAGAUUGGAUAUUUCCCUAUCUUCCCAUGGAUUGGCUCUGUCACUAGUAUUAUUGACUUAAUGGUCCAGGGUCUUACUGGACAAAAGACAGGUCUAUCUGAAUCUAAAGAGACACAAUUUAGAAACAUAUUGACCACAUCCUUAAUGGCUAUUAGAAGGAUUGCUUUAAAAAAUUAUAAACCUGCUAUUAGGGAAGGUGAAACUACUGUCAACGUCAAGGAAGAAGAUUAUUUACAACAACAUCCAGAGGCUAAACCUGUUGUUGUCAUUGAUCGCUUUGCCGGUAAAUCAGAUAUAAACGGAUUUGUGUAUAAGGAGAUGGCUGACUGGACUGCAAUGUUAGUUCAAAUGAACGUCGCACAUGUAAUUUUCCUUACUGAAACUAUAACAUCCAAUCAAAUUUUGAGCGAAUCCUUGCCAAAUCAAGUGUUUAAGACUAUGAUUUUAUCCGAUGCUUCAAGAGACAAUGCAAGAAGUUAUGUUUUAUCUCAACUUCACGAUAAUUCAGGUAAUCAUUUCAUAAAACCUUUAAAUUCGCAAAACAAUACUGAAAAAGAAGGGAAAGAGAACAAUGGAGAAAUAAUGAACAUUAUAAAUGAAGAUGAUAUUGACCCUCAUCUUAUCGAAGAACUUGAUGAAACUCUAGACCCAUUAGGUGGUAGAAUGCUGGAUUUGCAAGCUUUCGUAAGAAGAGUUAAAUCAGGAGAAGAACCCAAAAAGGCACUUGAAAAAAUGGUGGAACAAGCCAGUGAACAAAUUACACAAAUUUUCUUAAGUGAUAAGAUUGAACCGAUCAAGAGUGCACAAGCUUGGGAGUUGAUCGAAUUAUUGAAUGAAAACCUAGUGGUAAAGUAUGAAGAUAUCGUAUUCAGACCUUUAUUUAAGGCAGCUCCUGAACUAGGGAUAUUAGAAUUAGAAAAUAAUGGAUUGGUAAAUGUAUCUAGAGAUAGAGGCGUUUUGAAGGACAUCAGGCCCGCAAAACCUCUAUUUAAAGCAGCCUUCCAAUAUUUAAUAGAGAAUCAAGAACUUUCUACUGUUUUGAAAACUCGUUACUACUUAAAGGUUAUCGGUUUUGAAAACGGAAGAAUCAAAAAAUGGGAAGAAGAAUUACCACAAUUGGGGAAGAUAAAAGAUCCGAAAUUGUUCAAAGCCAGAGUAGAUUACUUAUCCGGAAAAAUUACGUUAAGUAGUGAUGUGAUUAAUAAUUGUGAGAAAGAAAUUAAGGAAUUAUCCCAAAAAUCCAAGAAAUGA